CUCGCGGUUUGUCUCAGACCGAAGGAUGGACGGCUUCCAUGCUCCUAUGAAAAGAAACUCUGCUGAUCCAAGAGCUUAUCAUUCAAAUAUUAGCAUUGUAGCGCAAUCGGAUUCACAGAAACUCCACCGCAACGCGUUUCGUCGUGCAUCGGCAGUUUUUUCAAAAUUGCUCCAGCAACCAGAAGACAAAGAGUCGAAGAAAGAAGACCAAGUUACAGACGAUGUCCUCAGUAAACUUUUAUCCGCGACUUACUGCCAGACUCUCGUCUUGCUCGGAUUCGUUUUGCCGCUUGCCGAAGCCAUAGUCGAUAGCAUUUCUCCAAAAAUCUAUCAAGGGUUUUACAUUUAUCUAUGUUCCCUGAGCUUAAUCUAUUUAUGCUGGAUGUAUGCAAGUUUGGUAAAGGACAGGACUGUCGUCAAUAUAAUAAACAGCUACAAAGGGGACGAAGCUGCAUACAACGCUGUCAAGAGAAGAUUCAGAGGGCCCAUAAAUAGAUACGGCAGCUAUUACUUAAGACUUGGAGCUGUUGCAUUUGGAAUUGGAUCUAUGGUUUACUCCGGCCUUGAAUUUGGUAAAAUCUUAGACGUUAAAAAUCACCCGGAGUGCAAGAAUAUAGCACAGGCUCUGGUGCCGGCAUGCAAGAUGAUUUUGACCAUAGCUCAGAUGCAGUUUAUUUUUUUAAACAGCCGAAACAUGGAUCUUUGCCAGAAACCGAUCGUUUCCAGGUUUGGCCUGAUGCACAUGAUCGCGACCAAUUUGUGCGAGUGGCUCAAGGUGAUAAUACAAGAAACGAAGGAUGAACUGGAACUCUCCGGUCAUGGCAAACACGGUUUGAAAAACGAGUCGGAAUGCAGGAAAACAGACAUCAUGAGCUCCUUGGUACAAAACGCGUCACCUUUUCUUUUUCCUUGCACGAUCGAAUAUUCGCUGAUUUGCGCUGUCAUCAUGCUCGAGAUGUGGAAAGACGUGAAAACAGCCGCCAAGAAUCAGCUCGUACCCCAUAAAUCAAAUACCGUGAAAGUGGAAAUGAAGCAAGCUCAACUAUUCACAGUUGAUUGUUCAAAUGCCCACAAAGGUUUGUUCUGCGGUGUGGUAUUUUUGGUCAUAACGAUAAUCUGCCUGAUCAUUCAUUAUGUGUUUUCUGAACACAAUGAAUAUAAAAGUGCUGCAGUGGGUGUAAUCAACACUUGCGAAAUGAUUUUAUUUGUAGUGUCGUUCCUGGCGGUGUUUUUUGCUGCUCUGCGUCUCAGGAGUGCUAUGAUCGUUCACAAGCGCCCUGCCAUGUGUCUGGACACAUGGCUCCUCCUCGUAGGACAGAUCGGUGUCAGCCUGUACGGGAUGUUCAGGGUGGUCAAGCUUUUAAUGAGCGAUGCUUGGAUCUGGAACGAAAUCGCACGCCUUGUCCAGUCAUCGAGCCAGACGCUGUUUGUUGUUCACGCUUGGCGACUACGGUCCAAGAGUGUCCAGAGGCCAGCCAGACAGCUAAUCACGUUCCUGCUUAUGACCAACAUGGCCUUAUGGUUGGUCAACACCUUUGUGAGGAACAGGAUUAGCACAGAUGAUCAAAUUUUCCAACUGCUCGUCCCUGCCAUUUGGACAACUAUUGGCAAACUCGUCAUGCCAUUGGUGAUUUUCUACAGAUUCCAUUCGACAAUCUGCUUUUUUGAAAUAUGGAAGAACACCUACAAACCGACUAAGCCUUUCCUUGUUCGCCAUUAUCAGUUAUAAUUAUUUUAAACGUAAAUAAGAGCAUAUUCAUUUUGAUUUUAUUAUAUUUUUCUUGAUUCUCUUUCGCCAUUUUUGACAGAUUUUAUAUACUUCAAUGCAUCUUUUUUUAAUGUUGGCAAUGCAAUAAUGCACAAGAAA